UAGUAUUCUCACUCCUAAUAGUAUAGUAUAGUGAAGAGAUUAAGCAAUUAAGGGAAUAUGAAGAGGAACAGAAGCUUCUGUCAACUAUUUUUGCUCUCCUUUUUGGUGAUUGUGAUAACUAUUAUCACCUUCUCUAUAAUCUCAGUAGAAGCAAGGAAGAACAAUCAUCGCCAAAACAUGAUUAACAAAAGACUCCCCAAACGUCACACAAGAGGGAGAGCCACAUCACCAUCGCCAUCUCCGUCGCCGUCUCCACCAAUGUCCACCAACACUUUUGACAUUAUGUCCUUUGGGGCAAAGGGCAAUGGAAUUUCUGAUGAUUCACAGGCACUUGUAGUUGCAUGGAGAAGUGCAUGCAAAGUUGGUGGUGCUACAGUUUUAGUUCCAUCUAAACUCAAAUUCUUUCUCAAACCCCUCACUUUACAAGGCCCUUGUAUGCCAGAUCUCACUCUUCAGAUUGAUGGAACUCUAGUGGCUCCAGAAGAGGCAUCUUCAUGGCCAAAAUCAAGUUUAUAUCAGUGGAUAAAUUUCAAAUGGCUACAGAACUUCACACUCAAAGGAUCUGGAACUCUUGAUGGCCAAGGCUCUAAUUGGUGGACUACUUCCUCCUCUUCAGAACCUUAUAAUUAUGAGACCCAGAAGAGCUACUCUAAACACAUUCCAUACAUGAAGCCAACUGCUGUGAGAUUCUAUUCUAGCAACCAUAUAACAGUUCGUGAUAUCAGAAUCAUAAACAGUCCCUUAUGCCAUCUAAAAUUUGAUAACUCAAAGGGGAUUCAAGUUUCCAACAUUACAAUUUCUUCCCCACAGAAUAGCCCUAACACUGAUGGAAUUCACUUGCAGAACACACACGAUGUGCAAAUUCAGCACUCUGAUAUUCAAACUGGAGAUGACUGUGUAUCCAUCCAAACCGGUUGCUCUAAGGUUCAUGUCCACCAUAUUAUGUGUGGCCCCGGCCAUGGUAUAAGUGUCAUUUUAACAUCUCACAGGGGAGGGGAGUGGAAUUUUCCUUUUUUAUUGUGUUUUCUAUCUGACAUCAUAGUUGAGGAUAUCUCAAUGAAAAAUACUCUAUAUGGAGCAAGGAUCAAAACAUGGCAGGGUGGGAAUGGUAUGGUUAAAAAUGUGAGAUUCUCAAGAAUCCAAGUGUAUGAUGUUAUGUAUCCAAUAAUGAUAGACCAAUACUAUUGUGACAAGCAUGCGUGUAAGAACGAAACAGAAGCAGUGGUGAUUUCAGGUGUUAAGUUCAAGCAAAUAAGUGGGACUUAUGGGGUGCAACCUAUCCAUCUAGCGUGCAGCAACUCCUUACCAUGCACCGACGUUGACUUAAUUGACAUUCAACUUAGAUCCUCUAUUAAGUACCAAGGUUUAUUACAGCAAGCUGUGUGUUGGAACUCUUAUGGAACUUCUCAAGGACCUUUGCUACCUUCAAGCAUUCAUUAUUGCUUAAGAAGUGGUGGUGGAUCAAUCAAGAGGAUAGCAAGGUCACAUGAGACUUUAUGUUACUAA